AUGUCGAAAUCUACCCUAAAUGCAUCAACUGAAAAGGCAAAAACGAGAUCAUCUGAAGUUUAUAAUACUCCGAACGAAUCAGAAGUAAAAAAUGGGAAUCAAAGCCAAGAAAUAAAGCGCAUCGACCAAAUCUACGAUAUGGUGAAAUCCAUGAUGGCGAAAUUAGACACGCUAGACGAGAUAAAAGAACGCAUUCUUUGUGUCGAGAGAGAUAUGGGGCACAUGAAGGACUCAAUCGAAUUUGCUUAUGCAGAAUUACGGGAAUUAAAAGAAGAAUCCGAUAAGUCCAAAAGAACCAACGAUCUUAACGCACAGAAACUACGAGAGCUAGAAGAUUCAAACCGUCGUCUACAAGAGAGCGUCAUUGAUCUCAAAGCACGAUCCAUGCGGGAUAACUUGCUUUUCUUCAAUGUCAACGAAGACGAGAGAGAAAACACGACGGAGAAGAUUUACGAAAUCUUAGAAAGAAAUCUAGAGAUUCCCAAUGCCAGAGACACAAUAAAAAUUGAUCGUUCUCACCGAAUCGGAAGGAAACGCGAGGGCCAACGCAAGCCUAGAGCAAUAGUUGUCAAAUUUAACUUUCACCAAGAUCGAGAGCGAAUAAGAUUAAACGCCAGAAAGCUCAGGGGAACGCGUAUUGGAAUCGCGGAGCAGUUUCCCGAAGAAAUUGAGAAAAUUCGCCAAACCUUAUACCCUGAGUUAAAGAAGGCUAAAGCGCAAGGACACAGAGUGCGUAUGGUACGGGAUAAAUUAUACAUAAACAAUGUUGAGUUCAAACCUUCAACUCAUAAUUAA